GUUGACACAUGACAGUACAACAGCUGCCGAUGGCCAAAACUUUUUCAUUUAUUGAGGUUAUGUUAUGAACAACAAUAGCCAUUUAUAUGUGUUUUUACUGAAUUUAAUAGUUUAAUAUAAACCAUUUUGUGUUUCCAAGAUGAAUUUGUUACGAAAAGGAUUAUCACUCCUUUCUCUUGGGAUCAAAACUCAGUGCUCACCAUAUCAAGCUAUCGCAAACAUCCGCCACACUGCUCCUUUGACGCACUUCCUGGCUGGAGCAUCCCUACAGACUCCCGCGUCGGGUCUGAUCUCACGAGCGAUGGCAUCCCUGGCACAGAUGCACAGGACUGGCCCGCACAUUAAAAAAAGGAAGUCAAGAAACCCCCUCAAUGGACACCCUUUCGCAAAGGGGGUGGUGCUCAAAACGCUGAUCAAAAAGCCCAAGAAGCCGAACUCCGCCAACCGCAAGUGCGUGCUGGUGCGGCUGUCCAGCGGCCGCGAGAUGGUGGCCUACAUCCCGGGCAUCGGCCACAACCUGCAGGAGCACAACAUCGUACUCGUCAGGGUCGGCAGGGUUAAAGAUUGUCCCGGCGUGAAGCUGAAAUGCGUCCGCGGCAAGUUCGACCUGCCGCACGUCAUCAAGCAAAAAGUUUAGUUAAUGUAUGUUAGUUUACCGUAGUACCCAAUUAUAUUUAGCAUAAGAUUA